AAUUCCCGUUCCCCUCACAACGGGCUACGGACGCACACGCUAGAGAGCGAGCCGACGCAAAAACGCUCGAACGCCGUUCCCCUCCCGGCUCUCGCCACCCCGGCCUCAGAAGCAAAGCCGGCAUCGUCUCCUCGCCGUUCCCCUUCCUCCCCCGCCAUCCGCCUCGCCUCCGGCGACGAAGCCCCAGUAACUGGGCGAAUCGGGGAUGGAGGGUGUUGCGACGGAGAAUGCAGCGGCGUCCGUGCUGGCCACAGAAGGGGCUAUCGACGUGGAUCAGAGCGUAGAGGGUGCGGAGGUGGAGGACUCAGCGGCGCCCACGGUGGCGCCAGAGGCAGUUGUCGACACGGAUCGGAUUAUCGAGGAUGCUGCCCCGGAGGACGUGAAGCUCGGGGAUACAGAGCAAAGUGUUGAUAUCACUCCCGAGGAAAUGAGAAGCAUCAUCGAAGUUAUUGCUGACACUGGAAACUUCUGGCAUGACUGGAGCUUUCUUAAGAGUUUAUUGUCUCUCCAAUUGAAGCAGGUCUUGGCUGAAUAUUCUGAGGCUCAAACGGUCAGCCAAGAGGAUGGACAACAACAGAGGUCUUUAUCGGGAGAGACAUACGCUGAGCUAGUUAGCCGGCUCAAUGAUGCCCUAUUGAGUUUCGAGGAGGGGCCUCCAUUUACGCUGCAAAGGCUUUGCGAGAUUUUGUUGGAUCCAAAAGGAACAUAUGCAAAAUUGCCGAAGCUUGCUUUGGCCUUGGAGAAGAAUCUUCUAGUCACAUCUACGAUGGCCAAAUGCACCGAACCGUAUCCAGCUCAUGGGCCACCUAGUUUGGAAGUCACACAGAUCACAGAAAACAUUAGCGCUGUUGAUGUAGAGCCUGAAAGGGCGCCAGAGCAUGCUGCAUCUGUACCAAAUGGAACAGAGCAUGUAGAAGGUGAUGAUGAUGAAGAGAUGGCUGAUGCAGAAGCUGAGGUGUCUGUUAGCCAUGAUGUGGAGAUGCAGGAGGACAAGACAGAACAGGUUUUAAAUGCUAAUUCUGAUGCUAACUCAGAUGCCGUGGUUGCCACGGCAGCAGAUGCCAGUGAACCCUCAUCAGAUCCACAAAGUUGAGUUUGCUUGAGAAGAAAGUCAUAGCACCAAUGUUCUAGUGCAGUUGUCUUUUUAGCAAUCCAACUAUUGCUCAGUACCUGUCUGGGUCUGCUCGCCUUAACCCCUUGGGAAAUAACACCCAGUUCAUUCAGAAAUUUAUGGGUAUUAGUUGGUUAUGCUAUGGAUGUCAAGUUGUUGUAGGCUUUGGCAUAAUCAUGGAGAUGUUAAACAUGCCCGAAACAGUUGACUCCGAGAAAAUAUGUUUUGACUCCAAAUGCCCAGGAUACAUUUUCAACAGACGUAGCUUUGUUGCUAUGAUGUUCACUCCUUUGGGCUGGCAAAAUCCAUGAUGUAUCCAGGAUUAGUCAAACGGACGUCUGUUUUCAAUAGUCGCAUCUUCGUUGCGUGUAGAAGUGAACUUUCUUCCCUUACUCCUUUUUACUGAAUCAGUUUCUAUCAAAAGUCAUUUAUACUGGUG